AACAAGGCCGGCCUUGCAGCCUGGGCGUCGAUUAGUCGGCGGGGGCGGCUGGGGCUGAGGGGCGGAGCGGGCCCCGGAUGCACUUCUCCCUCCGGGCCCUGAGGCCUCCUCCUCCGCCUUCGUCGCCGUCUCCUUGAGGACGGGAGGGGAAAGGAAAGGCAAGGCAAGGCAGCCCCCUCCUCCAGGCAGCCAUGUCGCUGGUGGCCGAGGCCUUCGUUACGCAGAUAGCAGUGACUGCCUCGGGAACCAUUGUGAGCUAAAAGAAAAAGGUUGGUCUGUCACAGGCAACUUGAAGGCACAUACACACAGCCUGAGCAAAAAGAAGAAGCCUUGUGGCCAUCUAAUGUUAAGUGACAUAGGCGUUUGUGAACUGCAGCCUCUUUCUUCAGCUGCAGAACCUUGGCCUCAGAAUGCAACCUUGUACCAGCCAUUGAAAGAGGAACAAAUUCUGCUUUCUGAUAAUGCUGCCUGUCUUGCUGUUCAGGCCUUUUUACAAAUGUGCAAUCUGCCAGUCCAAGUGGUUUGUACGGCAAAUGCAGAAUAUAUGUCCCCAUCUGGAAAAGUGCCUUUUAUUCACGUAGGAAGUCAAGUAGUUUCCGAACUUGGCCCCAUUGUUCAAUUUGUAAAAGCCAAGGGCCAUUCACUUAGUGAUGGGCUGGAUGAAGUCCAAAAAGCUGAGAUGAAAGCCUACAUGGAAUUAGUCAAUAAUAUGCUUUUGACAGCAGAGCUCUAUCUCCAGUGGUGUGACGAUGCUACAGUCCAGGAGAUUACUCACCCAAGAUAUGGAUCUCCUUACCCUUGGCCCUUGAACCAUAUUUUGGCCUAUCAGAAGCAAUGGGAAGUCCGUCGUAAAAUGAAAGCUAUUGGAUGGGGCAACAAAUCACUUGAUCAGGUGAUAGAAGAUGUAGAUCAGUGUUGUCAAGCCCUUUCUCAAAGACUUGGGACACAACUGUAUUUCUUCAAUAAGAAGCCAACUGAAUUAGAUGCCUUGGUAUUUGGCCAUCUGUUCACAAUCCUUACUACCGAGCUGAUCAGUGAUGAACUGUCUGAAAAAGUGAAAGGCUACAGCAACCUCAUUGCAUUUUGCAGAAGAAUAGAGCAACACUACUUUGAGGGCCAUAAUAAAGAUAUUUCGGCAAGACUUCCAUCUCCAACACUGAGGCAGACAUUAAGGAGCUGAAUGCUUUAUGGUAGCAGAAAUUAUGAAAUGGAUGUCUUUGAUUUUUGUAUUGUUUAGAAGAUACUAGCUGUGGCUUUGAUAACUGAGCUUGAUGUACACUUUGUUUCAAACUGCCAAACUGUUCUAGCCCAGGGUAAUCUCUGCUCAAAUUCACAUUCUAUUUAAAGUGAAAUUAUUAGAGUUUUCAUAAUUGUAGACUGCAUGCCAUUAUAAUAUUACUGUUAAGUGUCCUUGAUGCAGCAUUAUUUCAGGUUGUAAUAACAAUAAAACUUAUGAUAACUCUA